AAACCCACCCAUCAAUAUGCAAUACCUUUGAGGUACUUACGGUGCCCAACACGUCAUCUCUCUUUAGCUACUUAAACAUGAAGCAACAUCUACCCCAUUACAAACCUUGGGUCGCUCAUCUCUUUAUCCCAAGAUCAACCUCAGCAUGGGCAUUAAGUUUCUUCUUCAUGCAAUCUGUGUAUGGACUUCGACAACCUGCUGGGUUCUCACUGCAUCAACUGACGAUGGGCUAGUGCGGGUCAGUCUGAAAAAACAGCCAUUAGAUCUUAAAAGAUUAAAUGCUGCCAGGAUAACCCGAGUAGGGCUUGAAAGCAAUGUGAAUGAUCAAGGAGCAGGUGUAGUAUACCUAAAGAAUUAUCUUGAUACGCAAUAUUAUGGAGAAAUUGGCAUAGGUUCACCUUCUCAGAGCUUCUCUGUUGUCUUUGACACUGCUAGCUCUAAUCUUUGGGUUCCAUCUUCAAAAUGCCUUUUUUCUAUUCCUUGUCAUUUGCAUUCCAAGUUUCGAGCAAGGUGGUCCAGUACUUAUACCAAGAUUGGGAUACCUUGCACAAUCAACUAUGACUAUGGAGAUGUUUCUGGCUUCUUUAGCCUGGAUCAUGUUAAAGUUGGAGAGAUUAUUGUCCAAGAUCAAGAGUUCAUAGAGAUUACAAGGGAAGCUUUUCUACCAUUCCUAGUAGCAAAAUAUGAUGGGAUUCUUGGACUCGGGUUUCCGGAAAUUUCAGUGGAACAAGCUACUCCUCUGUGGUUCAGUAUGAUGCAACAAGGUCACAUUAACCACAAACUUUUCUCUCUGUGGCUAAGUGGAGAUUUAACAUCAGAGUUGGGAGGUGAAAUUGUGUUUGGAGGUCUUGACUGGAGGCACUUCAGAGGUGGUCACACUUAUGUCCCGGUUACAAGAAGUGGUUAUUGGGAGAUUGUGGUGGGGGACAUUUUAGUAGAGAGCAUUUCAACAGGAGUAUGCAAGUUUGGCUGUGCAGCUAUUCUGGAUUCAGGGACACCCUUAAUUGCUGGGCCAACUCAAAUUGUGGAUCAGAUCAACAGUGCAAUUGGAGCAGAAGGAAUUGUAAGCAUGGAAUGCAAAAAUGUUGCUUCUAAGUAUGGAUAUGCCUUAUGGAAUACCUUGAUAUCUGGGGUACGCCCUGAAAUUGUGUGUGUCGAUGUCGGGUUGUGUUUAUAUAAUGGCUCACAGAAAGUGAGUGGUCGGCUGAAGACGUUGUUAGAAGAUGAAACUAUGGAAGGGUCAGCCAUGGGUGAGAGUGCUGUCUGUACUUUCUGUGAGAUGAUUGUUUUCUGGAUUCAGGUUCAGCUCAAACAACAGAAAACAAAGGAUGCAGUCUUCCAAUAUGUGGAUCAGCUAUGCGAUGAUCUUCCAAAUCCCAUUGGAAAAUCAUUUGUGAACUGUGGUUCCCUCGAAAUUCUGCCAGAUGUUACAUUUACCAUUGGAAACAAAUCUUUCCCUCUUACUCCACAACAGUAUAUUCUUAAAGUUGAAACAAGCUAUUCUACAGUGUGUGUCAGUGGCUUUGUCCCUUUGGACGUGCCUCCCCCACGAGGUCCAAUCUGGGUACUUGGAGAUAGAUUCCUAAGCGCUUACCAUACGGUGUUUGACUUCGGAAAUAUGAGGGUGGGAUUUGCAAAAUCUGCAAAUUAAAUAUUGCCAAACUGGAUAUCUCACCCUGUAAUUCACCGACAUUAAUCCGAGGGCAGAUGGAUAACAAUGGAAGGGAAGAGAAAGGAUGCAUCACUUUUUAGAUAUUCUAUUUACAUAAUGCUCAUUCUGCUUGAAAUACCUUGUGUGUAAUGGUUAAAUAUUUCACCUCGUCAAUAAACUGCAGUCCAACCUUAGAGUUCCAAUUUCCCAACUUUUUUAAUGAACACGUAAAUGUGAUCCAAAUUAUUGACAAAAGUAUACUGUAUACUGUUUUUUGUUUUUAUUGUAUAUACAAUUAAUAUUUAUAAUAAAUUAAAGCUGGCUGAUGCCGGCUAUACAGUGCAUUUAGUAGAA